CACCCAAAUGUAUGGGACCGUUCUAUUGAUUGGAGAGUAGAUGAAUUGACCCACAUUAUAGACCCACCUUUUACCCCACCAGAGCGCUCCCAAUCUUUUCCCUCCGCUGAUCUGUUUGCUCCCAUGUUAAUCUUUGGUUCGCUUUUUAAUGAAAAUCCGUGACUAUAUCGGAGAUCUCUUUUUAGCCCCUCUAUAACGGAUCCGUGUGUGCAAUUACAAUCCCCCACUUCAUUUCUCUCCGACAACAUUUUACAACAAACCUUUGACUCUGCCUCUCCAGUCUCUGUGUCAGUCCGUUUCAGUUUCUGUUCUGUUUCAGAUGCAGGGAUCUUCGUGCUCCGCAUGAAGCAGAUUUUGCAGUCCAAGAUUUUGUUAGUACAAUGAAAUAUAUCCGGUCCGACAGCUUCAAGCGGCUCUUCUCAUUGAAACGACGCAGUUUUGAAGGAGAAAUUCGAAACCCAGAUGGCCCUACCGUAGAAGACAACAAAAAUACCUUCAAGAAUGCUGCAGAGCCUGCUCAGAGACCCACUUGGAAAUGCUUCUCCUAUGCAGAAAUUUUUGAUGCCACCAAUGGUUUUAGUUCAGAAAAUUUGGUUGGCAGAGGAGGCUAUGCAGAGGUAUACAAGGGAACUCUGGGAAAUGGUGAAGAAAUUGCUGUGAAGAGGAUGUCAAAAUCUUCUGCAGAUGAGAGGAAGGAGAAGGAAUUCCUGACAGAAAUAGGAACAAUUGGUCAUGUCUGCCACCCGAAUGUUUUAUCCCUCUUAGGUUGCUGUGUUGACAAUGGCCUUUACCUCAUUUUUCACUUCUUCUCAAAAGGCUCAGUGGCUUCUCUUCUACAUGACGAGAAUUUGCCACCGUUGGAUUGGAAAACAAGGCACAAGAUAGCCAUUGGGACGGCUAGAGGCCUCCAUUACUUGCACAGCAGCUGCCAAAGAAGAAUAAUUCACAGGGACAUCAAGGCCUCCAACGUUUUAUUGACUGCAGAUUUUGAGCCACAGAUAUCUGAUUUUGGACUUGCAAAAUGGCUUCCAUCUCAAUGGACUCAUCAUUCAAUAGCUCCGAUUGAAGGGACAUUUGGGCACUUAGCUCCUGAGUAUUAUUUGCAUGGGAUUGUGGAUGAGAAGACAGAUGUGUUUGCUUUUGGAGUUUUUCUUUUGGAGAUAAUCUCUGGCAGGAAACCGGUGGAUGGUUCUUACCAAAGCUUACACAGCUGGGCCAAACCAAUAUUGAAGCAAGGAGAGACAGAGGCGUUGAUAGAUCCAAGGCUGGGAGGGGCCUAUGAUAUAACGCAGCUGAAAAGACUUGCCUUUGCAGCCUCUCUUUGCAUCCGCUCAUCUUCAAUGUGGCGCCCAUCAAUGAGUGAGGUACUGGAGGUAAUGGAGGGAGAGGUGGAGAAGGAAAGGUGGAAGAUGCCAGAGGAAGAAGACCAGGAGGAGUGCUGGGGAUUUGAGGAUCUAGAAUAUGAAUGUGACAGUCCCUUCUCUUCUCCGCACGACUCGAUCUCGACAGGAAGUUCAUGGAACUCGAGAUUUAGGAAUUUGAUGAACGUAUAGUUGUCACUUCCAUUGACAUGAAAACAUAUAUUUCUCAUACAUAAAAAGUAUGAGGAAGAUUUGUGGAUCGAUGUUGUACAUAUCAUUACAAGACUUUGAUGCAAGUAACUGCUGAAUCAUUUCCAACAGGGAAAGUUCAAGCAAUUUGAAAAGUCAAAA